AUGGCCGCCAGCCAGCUUCAACCGUUGACGUAUGACGGGGGUGAGCUACGGAUCGUCCUUGUGCCAACAUCCGACGAUGGAAACGGCGCUUCAGAACAUGACAUUGGAGGAUCAGAGGUCGACCGCCGAUUUUCGUCCGACAGUUAUAGAUCAUAUAGAGCGCCGAACGAAUCCAUUCCGACACAUCCUAUCCCGUCUCUACAGGAUGCCUUCGCCGAAUCUCUAGACGAAGUCACAUCCGAGGCCGAAGGACCCGGUAAACCUAAAUUGAGAGAACUCGAUGCACAAGGUCGUCGGGGAAGAUUAUUAGAACAGGCUGCUGAGGACGAACCAUUCGAUACAUUAUGGCGUUAUCGACCUGGACAGCAACAGCAUGAGAUGUACAAACUCAUCUCACAAAUUACAUUUGGUGUAUACCUCUUGCUCAAUAGUUUGGCUGCUGAUAAUGGUCAAGUUGUAACCAUCCUUCAAGGUCACAUUGAUGAGGUUGACGAGUUUCUCGAGGUGAUGCUUGAAGACUUUGCGCAGGCUCACAAGGAUCUCACAGAGCGCAUCGCUCUUCUUCAGCUUCCCAUGGCCAACAGACGAGCCUUCGAAAACAUGCUUGAAGAUCGGGCUUUCAGAGCAAAGAUUCUUGCCGGGAAUGAGAGGAUCGACCAUAUCCUGGCUCGAACGAAUGCUGCCAUGAAACAAUGGGACGACGAUAUCGAUGCUGGACUUCGGUCUAGCGAAGCCUUUAUGGAAUGGCUCAAUGAGCACAAAAAUAUUAAAUGGCCAGAGUCCGAGCCUGAUUUGGACAGUAUUUAUCGGGCCAUGAAGGGCAACGCUGAUGGCUGGCUUAACACUUUUGACGACUUGAACAAUCAGGCACAGGAUCUGAACGGAUUGGUUAUAAAACUCAUGACUAUCGUGGCUGAAAUGGAGAAGACGGCUGGCGAGGUUAGCCGCAAGACCUGGGCAACCAUCCCUCCGUUCACUAUCCCGGUUGACGAGCCAAAGUCUGAAGAGCCUGCUCAAGUCGCAUCUCCAUCGACAAGAUCCAACACGAAAUCACUCACGCCCGUGGCCAGCAUUCGUAGUGGUGAGGGUCAUCGUGCAUCCCACAUGACGCAAGACGAUCCCGAAGUGAAUACUCUCAGUGAUUUUCCUCUUCCUGGAGGCACGCCCCUACUACCACCUACGACAUACCAACGCGCGAGCUUCAAACCUUCCCCGAACCUGAGUGCCUCGACUUCUUCACCUAGACCUAAUAUCAGCGCAAGCGUGUCGCCCUCAUCUUCUGGGCCCAACCUUAGUACUACAUCCCCUUCAUCUGGCGCGAGUACUCCCAGGGCGUCUGUUGCAGGUGAUGCAAAACAGCCAGAGAGGGAGGAACCUGAUAACAGUGAUGCAAAUAGCGGUUUCGACGACGGACCUUUGUAUAUCCUUCAACCCAAGGUCUACACCCCAAAAUCCGCCGCAGCUCCUGUGGCUCCAGGUCCUGAGACGCCUCGUUUCGAAGAAAAGAGCCAAAGACGAACUAUGACACCCUCUACUAUACAUAUCCCUGCUCCCGAAGAAGUUGAGGAACAGACACACAGACGAACGCUCACCCAGACUGUUCAGGAUGCAAUGGGGCUGCAGAAGCGGACCUCAUUGCGGCAACGAGUCUCAUUGAAGAAGAAUCCACCUGAGUCGAUUCACAUCCCUCCACGUACCUACGCCGAGCCGCCACCCAGCCGCCCGUCUCCCUCUAACACAGCACCCCGUACGGCCAGAUCUCAUGCGCCCGAUUACACCCUUGGCUCUGAUCUUGAAGUACAGCAACCUCAUCGACUUCCCAGGGCCAUCUCACAUGCAGACUUCUCAUCAACUCAACCCCAUGUCCCUGUGAUGCCUUCACCUCACUCUGAGCAUCACCAGUUCUACCAUAAUACGAUCCCUGUCCGUGCAUCGCCUCAUUCUCCUCUACAGCAGAGACCUCAUACUGCCGGCCCGGCAGAUGUCCAAUAUCGCCCCUCGGGAUACUUCCAAGGUCAUCAACGUAACCAGCCUUCCCGAAUGGGCGGCAUGAGUACUCUCAGCAGCGUUACAACAGCGACCUACGAUGACGCCGCCACUGUUGCUUCACGAGCUACUACCCAGGCCGGAGGAAAGCGAGUUAAGAAGAAGAAGAAGAGUGCAUUUGGAUGGCUUAAGAAGGCAUUCAGUCUUGAUGAGGACGAAAAGGCAGAUUACGAAGCACGCAAGGCCAUGCAGUAUCAGAGCCAAUACAAUAAUCAGUAUUACGAGGGACAUAGUCCCAAGUUUUUGGAUGGAAAGAGAAUUCGGUAG